AUGACUACCCACGAACUAUCGUCGCGCAGCAACGCCGCAGCAUUGACCGAGGAUGUCCUCAAUCUCGAGAGCUUCGGUUACAAGCAGGAGCUCAAACGGGACUUCUCGCUCUUCGGGAUGAUCGGCUUCGCCUUUUCCGUCUUGACUUGCUGGACUGCGCUUGGGGGCUCUUUGGUGGCUGCCAUUCAAGCAGGAGGUCCGCCAGUCAUCAUCUACAGCUGGAUCGGAGUCUCCUUCUUCUCCCUCUUUGUGGCCUACUCCUUCGCUGAGAUUUGCAGCGCUUUCCCUGUGGCUGGUGGCCAAUACUCGUGGGUUGCGAUCUUGUCGCCGUCGAAAUGGGCAAGACUCACCUCGUAUUUGUGCGGCUGGUUCAUUGUCAUCGGCUUCUUGUCCGCAGGAGCGGCGAAUGGCUUCAUUGGGGCCAGUUUCGUGCUGGGAAUGGCACAGAUCGCACAUCCAGACUUCGUGAUUGAGAGGUGGCACACGUGCCUCGUGUGCUAUCUCGUUCUGAUCCUCGCCGCUGCAGUCAAUGUCUGGGGCCGGCACCUUCUCAACAAGCUUGGCAAAGUAAUGAUCACCUUUAACCUUCUCUCGUUCGUGGUUAUCAUCAUCGUCAUUCUGGCCAAGGAUCAGGACAAAGCGAGUGCAUCCUUCGUAUUCAAAGAGUUCAACAACAACACCGGCUUUGGCAACUCGUACGCGAGUCUGCUGGGGAUCCUCCAGGCCGCUUUUGGAAUGACGGGAUACGAUGCAACGGCACACAUGACCGAGGAGAUGCGUAAUGCCAGACACGACGCUCCGAAAGCAAUCAUCUGGGCUGUCUGGAUCGGUGCGUUCACAGGUUUCGCCUUCCUGAUUGCAGCCUUUUUCUGCAUUCGCAACCUCGGGGCGAUUGAGACGUCCUCCACAGGUGUGCCUCUGAUCGCCAUCUUCUACGAAGCCACCGGGAGCGUGGGAGGCGCGGUUGGCCUUACGACUCUGGUGACUGUCAUCGCCCUGGUCAGCUUGUGUUUCCUCAUGGCACAGAGCUCGAGAGUGGUAUUCUCUUUCGCGCGCGAUCACGGGCUGCCCUUUUCCGGUACCAUCAGCAAGGUCCAUCCUACACUCCAUGUACCUGUGUACAGUAUCUUGACUGUCCUUGUUGUCAACAUGGCCCUCAUGGCGAUCUACUUCGGCUCGGUCACCGGAUUCAACACUGUGCUGGGCAUCUCCACGGAAGGCUUCUACCUGUCUUACAUCAUGCCACUUCUCGUCCGCAUCUGGGGCCGACUGGAGGGCAGGGACUCGAUUGACAGCGCCUACUCGCUCGGUCGCUUCGGCAUGCUCUUCAACGUCGUGGGCAUCCUGUACCUGACCUUCGCUGCCAUCGUGUUCAACUUCCCCUCCAUCAGCCCCGUCAACGGCAGCAACAUGAACUACACUUCAGCCGCUGUUGGCGUAUGUGGUCUGAUUGCCGCCAUCACGUGGAUGACCACAGGCCGCACACGUUUCACGGGUCCUCGACGAGGCGGGAUCUUAGAGGGCCGCAUCCCGAGCCUUCACGAGGGUAUCCAUCACGUCAAGCCCACUCCAGGACCGAAGCGGCUUGAGGAUUAG